AUGUCGUCCAUUACAGAUCAGCAAAUUACCAGACGCAAUUCAUCAAAGAAUGUAUCUAGUACUGUUAAAGUCUUGACCUUAUCUUCAGCCAUUCUUCAGGAUAUUUUUGAUGCAUCCAACAACAAUGUGCCUUCUUUUCCUAACUUGAAGCAAUUGGUGGUGAAUAUUUUCCAAUGUGGCAUGUCCAAUUUGCUUGAUAUGCUCAGAAUUUUACCAAAUUUAAAAGUUCUUGUACUCAGUAAGAUUUGUCAUCGUUAUAUUUUGUCGGAAUCUGGGGAUGAUAAACAAAAUGCAGUGCCCCAGUGCUUCAUCUCAUCCCUCGAAAGGUUUGAAUUAAAGGGAUACUCAAGCUGUUCAGAAGAAGUGAAAGUGCUAGAAUACAUCCUGAGAAAUGCAACGGCGUUGAAGAAAAUUUUCAUCUUAGCACUUUCUUCUAACGAUUUUGAAGAACCGUUCAAAGAAGAGCUUUUAAAUAAGUUAUCAGUGUUGCCAAAGACAUGUCAAGUUAAAAUUGAACAUUCUAUGGGUAUUCCAUAUUGACCUGUUAUGGUUCUGUGUCUUUGUCAAUUGAGGUCUUCCACAUAACGAUUUUAUUUUUAAUUCGAUUAUUUAACUUUCAUUAGUUCCUCGUAUCUAAACAAUAAAACUCUUGCACGUUUGAAGAAUAAAACUUUUUCUCCAAAUCUGAAUUGCUUCAAGGAACAAACAUUCAGAUUCACAGCGAGAGCUUCUGUUGCUGUUGAAAAGCAGAGUCUGGACCCAAAGGUUGCUCUUAUUCGAAUUUGCACUAGAGGAAGGUAUGAUGUAUUUUCACUUGCUAUAUUUAUUUCUUAAUUUAAUUACUUUUGAUCUCUGAAAUUUCUCCUUUUCUCCAUAGCACAUGCUUGCCUUCUUGAUGAACUUAUAAAUUGAUAUUUAGCUCACUUUGAUGUAGCAGUUCUAUUAUUGCUGCUAAAUUGUGUUCCUAGCUUAUCUGUUUGAUAUAAAGAUAUGGCUUGUUAAGUGAGUGCUAUUUGUGAUAGUUUCGAAUUUUAACUGGCUUGUGAUAACUUAUUUUAUCCUUCUAGUGUAAAUUUAACAGAACUGAAGGAAAAAAAAAAAAGCUUUCUUUCCCUAGUUUGAUUAUUGUCCCCGAUCUUUUAGAUCCUGAAAUGCUCACUCUUUGUGUGGCAGACCUCUGUCACUUGCUAUAGCAACUUUGACGAGCGUUGAUUGAAGGACAAUAAUUCAAUGGUACAAGAGCUUGUAAAGCUUGAAAAUUGGCAAUCUUGGGUUGAUAUGUUGCUUCAGAUUAAGCUAUUAGCUAAUAACAUGAGAGAAAGCAUGAUACUUGAAGCG